GGUCUCGCGCGUGCACGCCGCGGCUGAGAAAUAGGAACCUAACGGGGCCUAACCACGUUCGCUUCGAUCAUGAGCAUCGACGGUAAAAUCGCGCUCGUUACCGGCGGGGCGAACGGCAUCGGCUUCUGCACCGCGCGGAAACUCCUCCGAAACGGAGCCAAGGCGGUAGCUCUGUUGGAUCUAGGCGAUUCUGGUGGCGAAAGUGCAGCCGCGGAUUUGAACAACGAAUUCGGCAAGGAUCGUGCCAUUUUCGUCGUCUGCGACGUGUCAAAGAGCGAGCAACUUAAAGAAUCGUUCAAGAAGAUAAUCGACACCUACGAGACGCUAGAUAUUCUUGUGAACAUCGCUGGUAUCAUGGACGAUGCUGACUGGGAAAUAAUGGUCGACGUCAACUACAAAGGUAUCGUUCACGCGACGAUCUUGGGAUUGCACACGAUGGGGAGAUACAAGGGUGGCAACGGCGGGAUUAUCGUGAACAUGUCGUCCGUAGCUGGCCUCGAGGGCAUCCCCAUCGCGCCAAUUUACGGUGGAACACAGUACGCCAUCGUUGGUUUCACCCAGUCGUUGAAGCACUAUCACGAGAAAACAGGCAUCCGUAUGUUGACGAUAUGCCCAGGACUAACGACCACCGCCAUGGCCGCUAGAUUCAUGUCCAGCAAGGAGCACGCUAUGGAUCUCCUCGACGAAGAAACCGCGGCUGCGGCGAUGGCCAGCAUGCAGAAACAACCACCGGAGUACGUGGCCACCGCUAUUAUUCAACUGAUCGAGCAUGGCAAGAACGGCGCCAUUUUCGUCAUCGAAAACAAUCAACCUGCGUACGCAGUCGAAAUUCCUAGUUACAGCACCUUAAAAGUCCCGAUAUAAUCAUCAGCGUGCAACCAGAAAAGAAAAUCCGAUCGAAAGGAUAUUAUCAAUUAGCCAUUAAUUAAUUUAAUAUCCUUUGAUAGCGAAGGCUGGGUCGAUUGUGAUUGUGCAAAAGAUAUUUCACGGUUCUCAUAUGAAAAUUACGUGCAAAUAUGAAUAUCUAUAAAAAUGUUGGGUCACAAAUAUUCAUGAAAAUUCAUAUUUAAUUUAUAUUCGUAUUGACGUCACGUGAAAAUGAAUAUUCGUAUUGACUUCUGUUGCCUCGUUCGCUUGCAAACAAAGAUUCGGCCUUCGAUAAACAAGAGUUAACAAGAGAAUAAAUUGGUAUCUUGCCAAAGGUGGUCUAAGUCACUCGAAUUUUCGAUAAAAGUGCAUUUCUCUCUCUUUACACUUAGAAAGGAAAAUCUUUGAUAAAACUAAAUACUUAAAACUUCAACGCGGGUUUAUGUAGCCUAAGACGUAGAUCACGUUCAACCAUUGGCGCAAUUAUUACUUGCGAUAACAGCUACAAAAAUUGUUCGUUAAUUCGCUGCUGCGUUUUCCGAUGUUGCAUUUUGUAUUUAUAACAGUCGUUGGAUGUCAACAAAAUAGAAGAUAUGUAUUUUGAUAAGACACGCAUUAUGCCAUAUGUAAUACGCUCCCGGUGGAGAGGGAGAGCUGAAUUUAAAAUAAUUCUUACUCGUCUAUAUGCCACUUUAUGAAACCACUUUAUAAAAUUGAAAAGAUAGAGAACUAAAGUGAAAUUUUCCGAAAGAACAUAGAUACCUCGAUUUAUUAAAAUCGAUAAAUUAAAGUCAAACUGGUUAAAAUAACGUUUGCGUGUAAUGUUACCAUACGAUCUCUGCGAAAAGUUUAUUUUUCUCCUCGCAAAUUUCUCAACUCUUUUCCAUAAUCGCGAUAUUAAGAAUUAGAAUUCAAAUUGCGACGCAACUGUCACGACGUUGAUCCGCGACAAUUAAAAAUUUGCAAUCCCUUGACAAAGAGAUGAAGCGUUAAUUAAUACAAACAUAUUUUGCCGCUGCGAUUAUCUUCUAUCAUACGUUUCUAUUAUAUAUAUAUAUAUACCUGUAAUUAAUAAUUCAGAAUGGAAACUCCGUGACACGAUGUACGGCAACGUUUGGCGACAGCCGAGAACGAAAUUUGAAAAAAUAUGCACAUGCGUGACUCUGCAUCGGCUGGAAACAGAAUUGAAAACGUCAGCGACAGCAAAUGCUCGAGUUAACGUUACAUUACAUUCGCAACUGAUGACGGUGUGUAAAGUAACGUUCUGCGAUUAUAAUUGAAAGAAUAAAGGAGAAGAGAAAAAUGUAUAACCACAAGCAUAACGAGAACAUGUUUCAUCGAUUCCAACACUUCCAACGGAGCUUAUUUUUUAUCGAACGAUUACUUAUCGUCCGCCGCGAUUAGAAUUGAAUAA